CAGUCUAUAAGGGAACAGUGAAGAACUAAACACGGACUUCUCAUUUUUCUCAAUCAGACUGUGUGUACAGUAGAGGAUUAUGGAGAUCUGUCUUACACUCAUUUUACUGUCCUCUGUAGUAAUGACCAUCACUGCUUUUUCAUAUGAAUCAGAUGUGAAUGUGAGGUUGGUGAAUGGUGACAGUCGUUGUUCUGGUAGAGUGGAGGUUUUUCAUGAUGGUCAGUGGGGAACAGUGUGUGAUGAUCACUUCGAUCUGACAGAUGCUGAUGUAGUUUGCAGAGAGUUGGGUUGUGGACAGGCUGUUGAUGUUGCUCGAUUUGGACAAGGCUCAGGACAGAUCUUGAUGGAUGGGGUGAGCUGUAGUGGAUCAGAGUUCACACUGAAGAACUGUACAUCAAGAGGGUGGGUUAAUCAAAACAGUGUUCAUGCUGAAGAUGCAGGAGUCAUCUGCUCAGAAACCUCAACCUACGGAAGGUUUGCGAGACUUGCUGAUGGACCUCAUCUGUGUUCUGGAAGAGUUGAGUUGCUUCGUGGAGACACCUGGAUGUCAGUAUGUGAUGCUGCGUUUGAUGAUCAGGAUGCAGAGGUUGUGUGUAGAGAGCUGAACUGUGGGGUUCCUGUACAGCGGCUGGGAGCAGAUGUUUUUGGUGAAGGAGAGGGACACGUGUGGACCCAAGACAUUCAAUGUAGAGGAAACGAAUCACACAUUCGAUCAUGUUCAUCCUCAGCUUUAACUAAAACAACCUGCUCCCAUGACAAAGAUCUAGGACUGACAUGUUCUGGUUUUUCUGACUUCAGAAUGGUGAACGGCUCUGAUAUCUGUUCUGGUCGAGUUGAGCGUCAAUAUUUCAGUAAAUGGGGAACAGUGUGUGAUGGGUGCAUGAAUAUGAGAGCUGCCAGUGUUGUCUGUAGACAGCUGAAUUGUGGGAUUGCUUUGUCUGUUGUGGGAGUGGACUGGUUUGGAGAGGGAUCUGGUGAAAUCUGGGCUGAUGUGUUUGAUUGUCAGGGGAAUGAAACACAACUCUCACAAUGUUCAGUCUCUUCAUGGAGUCGAGCUGAAUACUCUCAUAAACAAGAUGUUGGAGUCAUUUGUUCUAAUUCAUCUUUGGGUCAUAAUGAAACAAUGCUGUUGUCUGGAGAGAGAGAGUGUGAGGAGACAGUCACCUUCCAUGGUGAGAGGUCGACCAGGCUUGUGGGUUCCGGUGGAGUUUGUGCAGGGAGGCUGGAGGUUUUUCACAAAGGCUCAUGGGGGACAGUGUGUGAUGACUCCUGGGAUAUUAAAGAUGCUCAUGUGGUGUGCAGACAGCUGCAGUGUGGAGUGGCUCUCAGUGAUCAGCCAGUACCAGCCUGGUUUGGUCCUGGUUCUGGACCCAUAUGGCUGGAUGAUGUGAACUGUGAGGGGAAUGAGACGUCUCUGUGGAACUGCUCUUCACUGGUCUGGGGAGAUCAUGACUGUAACCACAAGGAGGAUGUAGGAGUCGUGUGCUCAGAGUUUAAAGAGAUCAGGUUAAGUGAAGGCUGUGAAGGGAAUGUGGAGGUUUUCUACAAUGGAUCCUGGGGUAAUGUUUGCUGGAAUCAGAUGAACAGAGACACAGCGAGUCUGAUCUGUCAAGAGCUCAACUGUGGAAGAUCUGCCAGUGAACCCAGUUCUUCAGAUGGACUGAGGUCUUGGAAUUGGUUGGAUGAACUUAAAUGUAGAUCACAUGACUCCACCUUAUGGGAGUGUCCAUCUAAAGCCUGGGGACAGAAUAAAUGUGAAGGUGAAGCGGCCAAAUUUAACUGCUCUGUCAGAGAAGAGGCGGUUCAUGAUGUUCCCCGGAGUCGUCUGACAUGUUCUACCUCACCAUCACCUCAUCAGAGACAAUGUUCAAGUCAUAUUCCUCUCAGACUGAGUGGAGGUAAAGGCAGGUGUUCUGGGAGGCUGGAGGUGUAUCAUAACUCUGAGUGGGGUUCAGUCUGUGAUGAUCUGUGGGACAUCAGAGAUGCUCAGGUGGUCUGCAGGCAGCUGGGUUGUGGAGCAGCAUUGAGUGCUGAUGGGAAUGAAGCGUUUGGUGCUGGUGAAGCUGUUGUGUGGCUGAACAGAGUCGAGUGCAGAGGGACUGAGAUUUACCUGUGGGACUGUCCUCACGUCCUGAAAAACCACACUGACUGCUCACAUAAAGAACAUGUUGAACUCAUCUGUACAGAUUUGUCUGUGUCCACAACUCCUGCUACAACAACAGCAACAACAACAACAACAUUUUUAUCUCAGACUAACAAGAGCCCAGUGACUUCUCAAACUCCUCCAUCAGAGUCUCUCUUCAUUCCUCCAGUGGUUGUGAUUGUUCUGGGAGUUUUGCUCUUACUGCUCUUAGUGCCGCUGCUGAUACUGAUUAAACACAACAGAGUGAUGAGGAGAGCUCUCUCUAAGAGGAGACACUGGACUCAGACUGAAGCAGUUUAUGAAGAAAUUGAGCCCAGACACAAAAACAGACACAAACACUUUAGUCAGAGAGGGAGUCUCAUCUCUGAAGAACAGUAUUCUGGGUAUGAAGAUGUCGAAGAUGACUUCCUCUCAGAUAAAAAAUAUAAUAUUGAAUAUUAUGAUGAUGUCAUCAGUGACGGUGACCCAAAAGAAGAGAUGGUGAAAAAAGUCCAAGCAGAAUACUAUGAUGAUGUCAUCACUGAUGGAUUAAAAGCAGACAGUGAGACAGAAAACACUGUUGAGAAUUAUGAUGAUGUCAUCAACACAGGACAGAACUCUGAUCUUGAAAAAGACACACUAGAUAAUUAUGAUGACGUCAUUAACGGACAGAACUUUCAAGAUCUCAUAGGAGUCCACGAGGAGUAUGAUGAUGUGAAGAAUGACAGAGAAGAUGUGACAAACGUGUUAGACUAUUAUGAUGUGGGGGAGGAGUCACACAAUGUGGGACAGGCUACAUGGGCGCAUGAUGGCAGUAGACGGUGUUCGUCUCCUCUGUACAUGGAGGGAGGAGUCUCGUACAUCAGCGCUGACGUUCUGCUGAUAUUAAUGACCAUCGCUGCUGAUGUGAAUGUGAGGUUGGUGAAUGGUGACAGUUCUUGUGCUGGUAGAGUGGAGGUUCUUCAUGAUGGUCAGUGGGGAACAGUGUGUGAUUUGGAUCACUGGAAUCAAUGGGAUCUGACAGAUGCUGCAGUGGUGUGUAGAGAGCUGGGCUGUGGAGAUGCUGUUGAUGUUGCUCGCUUUGGACCAGGAUCAGAACCAAUAAAAAUGGCUUAUGUGCAGUGUAGUGGCUCAGAGUCCACACUGAAGAACUGCAAAUUUCUGAACGGGGCUAUACAGCUCUGUUCUCAUGCUGCUGAUGUUGGAGUCACCUGCUCAGGUGUCACACAAUAUGUUAGGUCAAGCCUAGUUGCUGGUUCUCAUUUGUGCUCUGGAAGAGUAGAGAUGUAUUAUGGAGGAAGAUGGGGCACGGUGUGUGAUGCUGCGUUUGAUGAUCAGGAUGCAGAGGUUGUGUGUAGAGAGCUGAACUGUGGGGUUCCUGUACAGCGGCUGGGAGCAGAUGCUUUUGGUGAAGGAGAGGGACACGUGUGGACACAAGACAUUCAAUGUAGAGGAAAUGAGUUGUCCAUUCUACACUGUUCAUCAACACCUUCACAUUAUGAUAACUCCAACCACGAUAAUGACGUGGGACUGAUAUGUUUGGGUUACACUGACUUCAGACUAGUGAACGGUUCUGAUUUCUGUUCUGGUCGAGUAGAAAGUCGGUAUUUGACUGAGUGGAGAACAGUGUGUGAUGGGUGCAUGAAUAUCAGAGCUGCCAGUGUUGUCUGUAGACAGCUGAAUUGUGGGAUUGCUUUGUCUGUUGUGGAAGUGGACUGGUUUGGAGAGGGAUCUGGUGAAAUCUGGGCUGAUGUGUUUGAUUGUCAGGGGAAUGAAACACAACUCUCACAAUGUUCAAUCUCUUCAUGGAGUCGAGCUGAAUACUCUCAUAAACAAGAUGUUGGAGUCAUUUGUUCUCAUUCCUCUCUGUCUCUUCAUGAUGGUGGUGUGAGGAUGUCUGGAGAGAGAGAGUGUGAGGGGGAGCUGGAAGUUUACAUUGAUCAGGUCUGGAGGAGAGUUCUGCUGGACUCAUGGAGUGUCACUGAAUCCUCUGUGGUCUGCAGACAGCUGGGCUGUGGCUCUGUGCUGAACUUCUCUGGCUCCUCUUCAUCCAGUGCUGAACACAGUCAUGAGUGUGUGAUGGGCUUCAAGUGCUCUGGGACUGAACAUCAUCUGAGGAACUGCAUCAGCUCUACUCAAACUCUCAACUGCAGCUCCACACAACACCUGUCAAUCACCUGCCUUGGUGAGAGGUCGAUCAGGUUGGUGGGAUCUGGUGGAGAUUGUGCAGGGAGGCUGGAGGUUUUUCACAAAGGCUCAUGGGGGACAGUGUGUGAUGACUCCUGGGAUAUUAAAGAUGCUCAUGUGGUGUGCAGACAGCUGCAGUGUGGAGUGGCUCUCAGUGAUCAGCCAGUACCAGCCUGGUUUGGUCCUGGUUCUGGACCCAUAUGGCUGGAUGAUGUGAACUGUGAGGGGAAUGAGACGUCUCUGUGGAACUGCUCUUCACGGGUCUGGGGAGAUCAUGACUGUAACCACAAGGAGGAUGUAGGAGUCGUGUGCUCAGAGUUUAAAGAGAUCAGGUUAAGUGAAGGCUGUAAAGGGAAUGUGGAGGUUUUCUACAAUGGAUCCUGGGGUAAUGUUUGCUACAAUCAGAUGGACAGAAACACAGCGAGUCUGAUCUGUCAAGAACUGAACUGUGGAAGAUCUGCCAGUGAACCCAGUUUUACAGAUGGACUGAGGUCUCAGAAUUGGCUGGACUAUUUCAAAUGUAGAUCACAUGACACCACUUUAUGGCAGAGUCCAUCUAAAGCUUGGGCACAGAAUAAUUGUGAAGGCGAAGCAGCCAAAUUUGACUGCUCUGUCAGAGAAGAGGUGGUUCAUGAUGUUCCCCGGAGUCGUCUGACAUGUUCUACCUCACCAUCACCUCACCAGAGACAAUGUUCAAGUCAUGUUCCUCUCAGACUGAGUGGAGGUAAAGGCAGGUGUUCUGGGAGGCUGGAGGUGUAUUAUAACUCUGAGUGGGGUUCAGUCUGUGAUGAUCUGUGGGACAUCAGAGAUGCUCAGGUGGUCUGCAGGCAGCUGGGUUGUGGAGCAGCAUUGAGUGCUGAUGGGAAUGAAGCGUUUGGUGCUGGUGAAGGUGUUGUGUGGCUGAACAGAGUCGAGUGCAGAGGGACUGAGAUUCACCUGUGGGACUGUCCUCACGUCCUGAAAAAACACACUGACUGCUCACACAAAGAACAUGUUGAACUCAUCUGUGCAGAUUUGUCUGCACCCACAACUUCAGCCGCAACAACAACAACAGCUUCUCAUUCAGUUUCUCAGACUAUCAGAAGUCCAGUUUCCUCAACAUUGGUGACUCGAGCACAGACUCUUCCAUCCUCUUCCACUCUUUUCAUUUCUCCAGUGGUUGUGAUUGUUCUGGGAGUUUUGCUCUUACUGCUCUUAGUUUUGCUUUUACUCCUCUUGGUGUCACUGCUGAUGCUGAUUCAGCACAAUCGAUUGAUGAGGAAAGGAACGGAGGUUCACACUUCAUAUACAGAUCUCUUCAAGAGGAUACACUGGACUCAGACUGAUGCAUUUUAUGAAGAGAUUGAUCACAGACACACAAACCGACUAAAUCACGUUGCUGAGAGAGGGAGUCUAAUCUCUGAAGAACAGCAUUCUGGGUAUGAAGAUGCUGAGAAGCUUCUCUCGGUACAAGAAGAAAAGACUGAAUAUUAUGAUGAUGUCACCAAUCGCAGUGACCUGAGAGAAGAGAUGGUGAAAAAAGCUGAAUACUAUGAUGUCAUUACCGAAGGACUGAAAACAUACAGUGAGACAGAAGACAAUCUUGAGAUGUAUGAUGAUGUCAUAUCCACAGGACAGAACUCUAGUCCUCAAAGUGGAGGAGUUCAGGAGGAUGAUGAUGUGAAGAAUGUCUGUGAAGAUGUGAGAAUCCUGUUAGCAGAUGACAUGGGGGAGGAGCCAAACAAAGUGGGAGGAGCUGUAUGACUCACUAAGCCCACCAUCUGCCUAAUAUACGAAAUAAUAUUACAACUUAUAUAAUUGCUGCUAAAGCUACAGUGCCAUAUGUUUUAAUCAUAUUUCAAACAUUGUUUAUUCAUUUUAAAGUCACAUGCUUUGCUAUUUGUAUUAAAAAUAAUUCUAUAUUAGUCAAAGUAUUUUCCGAAUGCUGAGCAAAAAAUGCUGAGGAUUUGAGCCUUAAUGCUGCUGAAAUACGUCUUACUGCUGCUGAAUCUCCUGCCGCAAAAUCGGGUUGAAUCUUUUUUGCCAUCAUAAACUGUGCAUCAAUGAUUAAAACAUCUAAUGGUAAAUUUGUGUGUACUUGAAGAUCUUCCUAAAUGACAAAAUAAAAUUAAGCACAGACUUCA